GCGCUGGGCGGAUCCGGGGCGGCAGCGGAAAUGGCGCGGAGGAGGCCUGGCCUGUAGGCCCGAGAGCCGGAGAGCUGCAGCCCGCCUCCCGUCGCUUAAAGGGACUGCUCAGGGGCGCUCGGAGCAUGAGCCGGACCGGCAUAUCAUCGCAGUAUAAGCAUGGCGUCUGAAGAGGCCUCUCUGCGUGCACUGGAAAGUCUUAUGACAGAAUUUUUCCACAGCUGCACCACAAAUGAACGGAAAAGGGAGAUUGAGGAGUUGUUAAAUAAUUUUGCACAGCAGAUUGGAGCAUGGCAGCACUGUAUUUACUUCUUAUCCAACACCCGGAAUGAGUAUGUCAUGAUGUACAACUUGACGGUGUUCGAGAACCUGAUUAAUAAGAUGUGGCUGGGAGUUCCUUCUCAGGACAAAAUGGAGAUUCGAAGCUGCUUACCCAAGCUUCUGUUGGCACACCACAAGACAAUGCCAUAUUUCAUCCGCAACAAGUUAUGCAAAGUGAUUGUGGAUAUUGGUCGGCAGGACUGGCCAAUGUUUUACCAUGACUUUUUCUCCAGCACGUUACAGUUAAUCCAGGCUCCGUCCACCACACCUUUGGGUCUGAUCAUGUUGAAGACUACCUCGGAGGAGUUGGCGUGCCCACGGGAGGACCUUAGUGUGGCACGGAAGGAGGAGCUGCGGAAACUGCUGCUGGAUCAGGUGCCAACAGUACUGGGUCUUCUUACAGGUAUUUUAGAGACCAUUUGGGAUAAAAACAGUGUUACAGCUGCAACUCCACCUCCCUCCCCAACUUCAGGAAACAGUGGUGAUCUGCUCAGCAGCCUAUUGCAAGCUCCACUUGCUGCCAAACUAUUAAAUCAACCAAUUCCAAUUUUGGAUCCAGAGAGUGAACAUGUUUGUUCUUUGGCUUUAGACUGUCUGACUCAUCUUUUCAGCUGGAUCCCACUGUCCACCAGUAUCACCCCAACUCUCUUGACCACCAUCUUUCAUUUUGCCCGUUUCGGCUGUGAUACCCGUGCCAAGAAGUUAGUUGCUGUGAACGGCAAUGGCCACAACAACAAUUCGGUGCCAGAGCGAGGCAGACUGGGUGUGUUGGCAAUGUCUUGUAUUAAUGAACUCAUGUCGAAGAACUGUGUUCCCGUGGAGUUUGAGGAAUAUCUGCUACGCAUGUUCCAGCAGACAUUCUACCUGCUGCAGAAAAUCACCAAAGAGAAUAACGCACACUCCAUCAAGAGUCGUCUAGAGGAGCUGGAAGAAAGUUAUGUGGAAAAGUUCACCGACUUCCUGCGUCUGUUUGUCAGCGUGCACCUGCGCAGGAUCGAAUCCAACUCUCAGUUCCCAGUGGUGGAGUUUCUAGGCCUUCUCUUCAAGUACACUUUCCAUCAGCCCAGUCACGAGGGUUAUUUCUCUUGCCUUGAUAUCUGGACGAUAUUCUUGGACUACCUAACCAGUAAAAUCAAGAGUCGACUUGCUGAUCGGGAUGAGGUGUUGAACAGGUACAAAGGUGCGUUAGUUAUGCUGUUGACUGAGGUUUUGCAUCGUGUGCAGUUCCGCUACAACCAAGCCCAGCUGGAGGAACUAGAUGACGAGACCCUGGAUGAUGAUCAACAGACCGAGUGGCAGCGGUAUCUCCGGCAGAGCUUAGAGGUGGUAGCCAAAGUGAUGGAGCUUCUCCCUUCCCACGCAUUUUCUACAAUCUUUCCCAUCUUGCAGGAUAACCUGGAGGUUUAUCUAGGGUUGCAGCAGUUCGUUGUAACCUCUGGACAAGUUCACAGGCUGAAUAUUACAGCAGAGAAUGACUGUCGCCGCUUGCAUUGCUCUUUACGUGAUCUGAGUUCGCUCCUUCAGACUAGUGGUCGUCUGGCUGAGUACUUUAUCGGCGACGUCUUUGCUGCCAGGUUUAAUGAUGCACUCAGCGUAGUUGAAAGGCUGGUGGAGGUGACACUGUAUGGGUCGCGUAUCAAGCUGUAUGAUAUGGAGACAGCUGUACCGUCUGUGCUGAAGCCCGAUUUGAUCGAUGUCCAUGCUCAGUCACUGGCUGCAUUACAGGCAUACUCCCACUGGCUGGCACAGUUUUAUAGUGAGGUGCAGCGGCAAAAUCCUGAGCAAUUCGUCUCUCUCAUUUCCACUGCGAUGGAGGCCACUGCUCCCCUCAUCAGCUUGAAGGUGCCAGAAAAGCUGCUGCUCUCAGCGUGCCAUUUGUUGCUGUCAUUGGCCACCACUGUACGGCCAGUGUUCCUGGUCAGGAUCCGAGCCGUACAGAAAAUCUUCGACAGGAUCACCGACGGCUCUGCUCGCCAGCUCCCCCAAGAGGGUAAGGUGCUGGUGUGUCGGGCCUUGUCCAACAUGUUGCUGUUACCGUGGUCAAACCUUCCCGAGAGUGAGCAGCAGUGGGCUGUCCGUUCAACCAAUCAUGCCAACCUUAUUUCAACCCUCACCCGAGAAUAUCGCCAGCUCAAGCACAAUGCCGGACUGUCGCAAAGCAAAGUGGGUCUGGGAGACACAAAAGUGAUUGUACAGGAUACCCUGAGUAUCCUGAGGUACAUCGUGGAGAACAUCUCUGGGGAGGUGACCAAAUCCCGGCAGAUCUGUUACCAGUCCCUUCAAGAGUCGGUGCAGGUCUCCUUGGCCCUCUUCCCAGUCUUCAUUCACCAGCCUGGUAUCACUGAUGAGAUGCUCAGCUUCUUCCUCACUCUGUUCCAAGGCCUCAGGGUGCAGAUGGGAGUUCCCUUUACAGAACAGAUCAUCCAGACCUUCCUCAACAUGUUCACCAGGGAGCAACUAGCAGAAAGUAUUCUGGAAGAGGGCAGCGGCGGGUGCCGUGUGGUGGAGAAGUUUCUAAAGAUUCUUCAGGUGGUGGUCCAGGAGCCCGGGCAAGCUUUCAAGCCAUUCCUACCCAGCAUCAUCUCCCUCUGCAUGGAGCAGGUCUACCCCAUUGUAGCUGAGCGGUCCUCGCCAGAUGUGAAGUUGGAGUUGUUUGAGCUGCUUUACCAGAUACUGCACAACAACUGGCGAUUUUUCUUCAAAUCCUCUGUCCUGGCGAGUGUCCAGCGUGGAACAGCUGAGGAGCCGAUGGAGAACGAGGCCCAGUUUGUUUCUGCCAUGCAGGCGUUUGGACAGUCCUUUUUGCAACCAGACAUCCAGAUCUUUAAACAGAACCUGUUUUACCUGGAGACACUCAACACCAAGCACAAGUUAUACCACAAGAAAAUCUUCCGGACGACCAUGCUGUUUCAAUUUGUCAAUGUGCUGCUGCAAGUUCUGGUCCACAAGUCCCAUGACCUGCUGCAGGAAGAAAUCGGGAUCGCUGUGUACAACAUGGCCUCCGUGGACUUCAGCAGCUUCUACGCUGCAUUUCUCCCCCAGUUCCUGGCCAAUUGUGAUGGUGUUGACUCCAACCAGAGAACAGUGCUCGGCAGGAACUUCAAAAUGGACAGGGAUUUGCCUUCGUUUACACAGAGUGUACACAGACUUGUGAAUGACCUGCGUUACUACAGGCUUUGUAAUGGCAGUUUACCUCCGGGAACGAUCAAGCUAUAGCCUUCGCGACUGAAGCCUUUCCUCUCACCAGUGCAACUUGCUGGCUGGACCCUCCGAAUACACUGCUGCAGCACUUUGUGUCUCUGUCCUGCAGGAAGAUAAUAGUUGUAUUCAGUACAUUGACAUGAUGCCAAUCGAUCAUGUAAUCUGCACUGAAUAGACAUCAGUCAUUUGCACCUUUGCAUUGUUGUGCUCCUCUCAGCUGUUUCAUUGGAUUGACGCGACAGUGCUACCAUGGUCAGCGCUAUCGUGGUCAGCAUUUUGUUUCUCGUUUGAAAUGCCUUGAACAUUUCUGCUCUGUGCAAGCAGAGGACGCUCCAUUUUAGGUCAUAUCAUUCCAAUGUGAUACUAUUGGCACACAAUCGAUGAAGAGUUUAUGUUGUAAACUGUGUUCUGAUCCUUCGAAUUACCCUCUCCAAAUGUAUGCUGGAUUAUUUUUUAAUGAAGAUUUUAAGUCGGGUAAAUUUAUAUUGUUUUCAUUAGACUUCCACUCAACUUUGCAACAUUUCUCCCUUACAGAACUUGUUUCUGUUGGUCUGUGUCAUGUGUCCCCUCCCCAUUCACCGAGGGUCUGUCAGAGGGAGCAGGAGUGCUUGAAAUGAGUGACCCACACGCAAGUGACCAAGCCUUUUAUUGCCAUUGGUUUAAGCCUCUCAGUUUAGGACUGGUGUCUGAACUAAGGUGGGCUUUAAUCGCUUAGAUUCUGACAGGAAGAUCCAACCACCAGCUCCCCUGGGCCAGGUGUUUUCCCACUUGACUUUGCCGAACGCCCCUAGCACUGUCAGUACCUCUGCCCAGACACUCGCUGCAGAGAUGUGGUUGGGGGAUGAGGAUUCUCAUGAGGAGUGGCAGUGGAAGAGAUGAAGAUUAGAGAAUAAUGGGAGAAGCGUGUGUGUGUGUGUGUGUGUGUGGUGUUCCUCUGUCUGGACCUUCAUGUUGAGGAGAUCAGGAGUGGGCACAUGACAAACCGAAAGUUAGCGGGGUUUCUGGAGCAGAUCAGUACUGUGGAAUUCGCAGAAACCCUGAGCCAUGAUGCUGGCCAAUGUACUCUGGGCACUUUGUCUGCCAGCUGUAGUGUUUAAGACCGCCUGGGCUGAAUGUAUUAAAUGGGUGGUAAAGCCUCCUUUAUACUUGAAGAUUAAACUUUUUCUCCCCCAAAGAAGCAAUCGUUCCACCUUUAAAGUUGUAGGUACAAAGAUAAUGUGUCUGAAAAAAGGGCUUUUUCAAUUGAAUUCACUUAGAGCCUAAUACUUGGUUACCUGUGUGUGAGCAGCAGACAUCUUUGUUCAAAACCUUGCCCAGUCACUGAAUUGUUGGGGUUCUUUCAGCUCGAUGGUAAUUUGAGGCUUGGUGAAUCCCUGGAACUAAGCCUCAAAUUACCACAGAGCUGAAGGAACCCCAACAACUCGAUGACCGGGCUUGGCUCUAGGGAUUCACCAAGCCUCUUCACUGGGGUGCAUCAUUCCUUCCAACGUGUGUCACUCUGGACCUGACCUACCACACAAAAUCCAUCCCUGUCUGCAGCUGUUUUUAUCAUGAAGCCAGCUCCACAAUUCUCAGCAUUUUCAUUAAAUUUGUUUAAAAAAGCUGCUAGUAAUCUUUCAAUCUCCAUUUAAAUUCUGGACUCUGUAUUCAGGUGGAACAAAAUGAGGUACGUUUCCACCCAAGCCAGGGAGCUCCUGCAGAUCUGCAAGUAGGGCACUGCGUAGUUGCCUGCAACAGCCAGUCUUUCUUCCCUCGAUUGGUCCUAUGAGGCGCAGGGCAGGAAAAAAGUAGAGCCCUGUGAUUAGGAGGUGACGUGCUGGGCUGAGACUCCCUGCUACCUGCUCUCCUCCAACCGAGUGCCUAGUACUGGCCCUCGUACCACAGUGGGAGUGGUCGUGACACUCUUCUGCUAAGCCCUGGACACAUCUGAGUGCUAGAGCUGACCAGUCCACAUUUCCACCUUUCUGGGCUGUGUUGUUUAAUUCAGUCAAUGUCUGUGGUGAUCCAGUCUUCCAUUUUAUUUUGUCCAUUGCUCCAAGCCUGUGGCUUUUUAAGACUCUUUUACAUUUUUGCUGCACAUUGUACAGGAAGAAGUGGUACUCUGUAAUUAGCGAUGUCCAGUUUUCAUUUCAUUGGACCAUGUGAAAUGUGGUUGUGGUUGGACAUGGUUUCCUUGGGUUGGGGCUGUUAGUUCUGUCGCCUCGUGUUGGGGUAAAGGCACCGUGUUGCACCUCAACCUUCUUUGAAGGGUCCGGUCACCUCAUUUCACAAACUGCUUCAUUCUGCUUUGCUCCUCCCCACUUUGCCAGUGCUGUCUCCUCAUCAGUGUGAGGUCGGCCUCAACUGGCUCUCCGCUCAGCGGCGAGAGAGAGCCCUGAUCACCAGAUGAUGGUUUCACUUGUCUCAGCCCUGCGUCAGGCCUCCCUCAGAGUCCAAAGCCAAAGCCCCUGGAAUUGGUAGACCGUCUCGGUGAGAUUGUGGGAUUCCGUAUUGUUGGAGACCCUGCCCCUGACUACGGAGUCUUCUGCCCUGCUGCUUCCUUCCCUCGUUGAAGAAUGCUUUCUCUGCAGUGUGAUUGAACUGCGCUGUGGUAUUUCUAUCACUGUACGCAAAAGGGAAUUCCUUCCGACGUACAGAGUUAAUGUGACUCGUACCACAGCUCGCACUGCUGGUUUUCCCAUUGGAAAGCGUGGCCAACCAGUUUGUGUGUAGCAGUUCGAGGCUGUGUUUACAAAGUGUACAGAGAAUGCCCGUGUCUGUAGUCACUGCAAGCGUAUGUCCCAGACCUGAGCUGCACUGGACCAGCUCACACCCUGUACAAAGCAGACUCUUGUUUAUUUUUUUAGGAUUAUGGUGAUACUUUGUACAAGUGUACAGUGAUGUGAUUAUAAACAGAUCCCAGCUUUCCCCAAGGCUGUGUUAGUGUUUCUGGAUGUAAAUAUGAGACUGUUUUGUGCCUGAACACUUACAAUGAGAAGUGUAUUAAAUCUAUACACUGGUUUUACUCUUCGUGUUGAACCCAUUUUGAUUCUGUGACAUUCCACUGCAGAAUUCAAGUCUUUUAUAAUUGCAUUUUAUAAAAAAAAAUGUAGAUAUGACUUUUAAAUAAAUGAUGAUCCAAGUGCAUGUUUGGCCUGAGGCAUUUGGGAGUUGAUGGGGCCAAGAAGUUGAGGAAGUGCUGUUAGCCCCUGGAGACGCAGCAGCAAGUACCUGUCACAGCUGAAGCCUGGGCAAGGGUUAAAAUGCCUCGGCUCCCUCCUGAAUUACAAGCAGCCUGUUUAAACACUGUAACUCUGAGGAGUAUGUGUUUAAAUACUGUAACUGACUAUGUGCUGUGUGGUGAAAAGAAGUAUUAAAGCAUCUGUCAGGAUUUCAAAUUCUGAGCUUUGUAGGAAAUGAGUAGGUCUCCCUAUUCCAUCAAAUUUAUUAACUUGCUACCAGCAAAGUAGUGUCGAGGAGAAGGAUCAGGGAGAUUGCCUGUACUACGAAUGUUCUCUAAUCUUCCCUUCAUCCUCAUGUCCUGCAAUAUUUAAUUCCCUGGAAGCAGCUGAAUUCGAUCGUAUGUGGCUGUAUUAAAAAUAUUCUCUGAUUGGUAUGCCGGUUGCUGUAAAUCCAUGUGAUUAAUUCUUGGGUUCUGAAUGAAACAUUCACCAUUUCAAUCCUGCAUUCUCCCCACAUCCCCUGAAGAACUUACCCAACAAAUACAAAACUACUCGCCUUACUCUUGAAUAUCUCAGUUGAUCCACCUCCUGUGUUCAGAGUGAUGAGCUCCAGCUGUUUUCUGUAUCUUCAAAAUAUAGUUAGUUCAAAGUUAAAUUAUUAUCAAAGUACAUCUGUCAACAUACACAAUCCUCAGAUUCACUUUCUUGCAGGCAUUCACAAUAAUACAAAGAAACACAAUAGAAUAA